AUGAGGUUACAAAGUUUGAAUUCAUUAAUCCUUGCGAUAUCGUUCCUCACUUUUUCAUCGGCACAAAAUAAUCUUUACAUAACUCCGUUCAUCACUUCAUCCACGUCAAAAUUCGGAAGAAGAUUCGAGGGAACGUCGGUGAAUGUGAACGGGGAUAUGUUUGCAACAAAUUUCGAUGCAAAAAUAUUCGAUAUUGAUAGUAUCAUACCAUCACAAUCGCGUAUAGAUACAAAACUAGUCGAAUAUAUAUCUCGGCGCAAAAUAUUACCGAGAAUACCGUCAAAGGGUGGGAGAUUAUGGUUUUGUGGUGGUAAAAAUGGUAAAGUGAUUGAGCACCUAACAUUUGGACGAACGAAUGAUGGUACUCAUAUGAUUGAUAUUGAUGGCAUGAGAACUGACAUUGAUGGGAAUUUGUAUGUCACAAGACAUGAUGGAAGUCACGUCACCGUGCUUUGCCCUCUAGGCAAACAAUUAAUUCAAAAUCCUACCAUUUUGAUUUUUGUGGUAAAGAUGGUAAAACUUUAUUCAUGGUACGAAAGGUUGCGUAGAAACCAUUCAAAAUGA